UAGUUAGACGAGGUGGUGUCCUGCAUCCGACCACCUACCCAGCAAGCCAGCCACCCAGGGCCUCCGUUCCCUUUGCCUCCACAAUCCACUCGCGACGGCUGCUGUGGAUGCACGUGUCUCGUCCUGCUCGGGCCAAGGUGUGCACGGAACCUCUCGCCGCUGACAGAUAUAAACAUUCCUCUUAAGCUGGGAAACGCAACAAUGACGAUGCACUGGACGAUAAGGACGUUACUCUUGGCUGUCUUCUUCGCCUCGUUAGCCUGGGCAGCCGAGGUCCACAAGAACGCGAAGGAAGUUGAAGUGAUCGAAGCAAGUCCCAAAGAGGAGGCUCUCAACACGGACAUCAGCGGACCAGAGCAGAAAGUCAUAUCCGUCGGCAACGUAGGUCAAGACGCCACAAAAGUUGCCGUCGCCGCCUCCGUCGUGCUCACCGGCAUUUGGUGCGGCGUGAUGUUGCUCAUCGCCGAGUUCAUCAGGGGCAUCGGCGCCAGGAUUUACCCGGUGAUUGAGGGGCAGGGGGAUGAGGAGGUGUUUGACGACGAGCUGAAUCUUGUCUUGGUUGGGCGUAGCGCCGCUCGCCGCCGACCGGCGAGGACCAUUAGCAUCCUGGAGUGGGCUUUCAGAGGCAUCGAGUCCAUCAACUCCAGACUUCACGAGGAGGAGCGAGACAAAUGCCGGAAGCUCACCCUCUGCAUGCUCGGGAGUGUCACGUCCGGGUACUCCCUCGCUCAGAGCUUUUUCCAGGUCAUCAGGCCCGCCGUCCCUCUCCUCGACAACAACUGGGAAGGACUGGUUGCCGGGCAGGCGCGAGAGGAUUGCAACGUGAUGUACGAGAGGUGUCCUAUCGGCAUCCUGAGCUCCUUCUUCAGACCUAACCCGCCGGCAGCAAACGCCACCACCACCACUACCACCACCUCCACCCCAUCAACCACCUCCACCACCACAACUCCGCUCCCACGCCGCACAUCCACCUUGCCGCCGCCCUAACCACCCUGCCCCAAUCCCCCAACCAUCCAUAUGCCAAACCAUGAGAACAUAAGCAACCACACGACACUUGAGAGAGAGAGAGAGAGAGAGAGAGAGAGAGAGAGAGAGAGAGAGAGAGAGAGAGAGAGAGAUAACAGAGAAAGAAUAAUAAUAACAUAAGUAUUAGACAGACAGAUUGACAGAGAGACAGACAGGAAAACACACAGAAAGACAGACAGGAAAGCACACAGAAAGACAGACAGAAGCGCGAACAGACACACAGAGACAGAGAAUGACAGAGACAGACAGAGAGAGGUUCAGAUACCCCUCAAAAAGAAAAGAAAACUAUACAAAACAAUACCAAAUAAAGACAGUGAGUAGGAAAACAGUUAAGGCACUCAUGAGGAACGGAAUGACAAACAAGAGAGAGAGAGAGAGAGAGAGAGAGAGAGAGAGAGAGAGAGAGAGAGAGAGAGAGAGCACAACGCGUCAAAACCUCAUCCCUACCUCUUCGUUCUAAACACCUGCGGGGGGGGGGGGGGGGGGUUUAGAUUGGGAUUUUUAGACCCUUCCAUCUCUUACUUCAGCUAUUUCCAAAGGUCAAAAAGAAGAUCAAUCGGGUUCUCAUGAGUGUUUUUUUAAGUUCAUACUACAGAGGAAGGAUCAUACUAUUACCAGGGUCAUAAAACUACCCCUGGAUAUACCCACAACUCCUACGAAAGGCUUGUCACGUAGGUGUGCUUGGAGGACGAAAUGUUUAGUAAGAGUGCCCUGAGUAGUCGCUGGGUGGGUGACCUGAGGAGGGAGUAAAGAAUAUUCUGUCCACACUGAUUCGGGUAUGUGACAGAAAUUAUAACAUUCGCUCAGGAGGGAUUGAAUGACGUCAUUAGCCCCGCCAUUACGGUAACAGAACACCCACCCACCCACCCACCCACACACACACACACACACACACGUUUGUUAUUGUUGCUAUCUUGGUUGUGGUUUUUAUGUUGUUAUUGUUAAAAAUGAUAAUGAUGAUGAUGAUGAUGAUGGUGUUUGGUUGGAGUUGUUGGUAUGGUUGUUUUCUUCUUCAUAAUACUGUUAAUGGUGAUGACAAUGAUAGUUAUGGUUAUGAUGAUUAUAUAAAGUUACCGAUAAUAUAAUGACGGUGGUGAUGAACAUGAUAAAGAGGAUAUUGGUAAUUGGUUGUUGGUUUAGUUAUUGUUAUUGUUGUUGUUGUUGUUGUUGUUGUUGUUGUUGUCAUGAGGCGAGGCCCGGUUAGUCACUUAGUUAAAUAGAUAUUUAUGUAUUUAUUUAUUGAACUUAUCUUUAUUUAUUUAUUCGUAUAUCAGUAAUUUACUGAUGUACUAUUUCUUCUGUAUUUAUCUCGUAUGUUGGUAUGAUGCCCUCGCUGGUUGAGGGAAACACUAAUCAAACGCUGUUUUUCCCUAAAUAAACAUUGGAAAUAAC